AUGUAUCCGUGCUUCCAAGCUGUCAAGGGUCCGUUUUCUUUAUUAUUAGAUCCCACUUUUUUCGUCUUUGCUUUUGUGUAUAGCGCCGUCGGUUGGUCUGUUGAACCACGAUUUGGGCAUGGUCUGGUCCCGGUAGUUAGGCAUUAUUUGAUGGUUCGUAUGACGUCACGCCUUCUUUGCCUCCUUGUGAUACUGAUCGUCUGUAUCCCGUUGUUUUUGAUUAUAAAUCAUUCUGACCAAGGUAGUUCGAUUACCAAGUAUCUGCAGGGCAAUGGACAUACAGAAGACGACGGUGAUGAGAAAUCCUACGGGGUCAUCAUGGACGCGGGCUCCACGGGUACCAGGCUUUUCCUCUACACUUGGACGAGUAACUCAGACAAGGAACUCAUCAACAUAUCUCCUGCUCUCGAUCAUCUCAAUAGUCCUGUUGUGAAAAAGGUUAGCCCAGGGCUGAGUUCAUUCCAGGAUCAUCCGCAUGAAGCAGCUGAGUAUGUGAAGCCACUUCUGGAUUACGCAUCACAGUUUAUACCUCUUGAUAAAUUACCGUAUACACCAGUCUUUCUCCUCGCAACAGCGGGAAUGCGGCUUGUUCCGGAAAAGCAACAAAAAGCCAUUCUCUACGAUCUCCACACUAAACUUCCGCAAAUGACACCGAUGCAGAUAAUGAAAGAGCACAUAAGAAUAAUUGAAGGAAGAUGGGAAGGAAUCUACAGUUGGAUAGCUAUCAAUUACAUUUUAGGGAAUUUCAAAGGUGGCUUUAACUCUUCGCUUACAAGACCUGAGACAGUAGGAAUGAUUGAUAUGGGUGGAGCAAGUAUGCAAAUUGCAUUCGAGAUGGAUCAAAGAGACGAGUUUAGAAGUGAAAAUGUAGAGAAUAUCAAUCUCGGUUGCCGUGAUGAUGACGACAGGCAUAAAUACAAGCUGUUUGUCACGACAUUUUUAGGAUAUGGCGUAAACGAAGGAUUGCGGAAGUAUGAGCAAGAACUAAGUGAUCGUCUGAUGCAUACGAAAGAAUCUUACGUUCGCGACGAAUGUAUGCCAGUGAACUUGCAAAAGAUCAUUAACAGAAGCGAUGGCUCAAUGUUUGUGAGAAAGGGAAUCGGUGAUUGGGACGGAUGUGUUAAGCAAAUAUCUGAAAUGCUGAAUAAGCCAUCUGUAAAUCCAAAGCACAUGUGUGAACCUAAAUGUUUCUUCGGCAAUGUGGCAGCGCCUACGGUUUCUUUAUCAAAAAUGAAAUUGUAUGGCUUCUCUGAAUACUGGUAUUCACUGGAUGAUGUGUUGUCACUUGGUGGGAAGUAUAAUUUCUCGCUUAUUGCGGAAAAAUCUAAACAAUUUUGUUCGCAACGAUGGUCGCAUAUCCAGGCGGCUAAAAGGGCUAAGCUCUAUCCAAAAGCGGACGAGGACCGACUGAAAAGUCAAUGUUUCAAAUCCGCAUGGAUCACUUCCGUUCUUCACGAUGGAUUUGAAGUGGACAGGCAGAAGAAUAAUUUUCAGAGCGCGUUUACAUUAGCGGGUCAAGAAGUACAAUGGGCGUUAGGAGCUAUGAUUUAUCACAUGCGAUACUUCCCGCUCAAAAACAGCGCCAGUAAUCUGGUAAUUAACAGUACAUAUUCAAAUGUAUACGGCAGCUUAAAGGCAGCGUCCGGACAGAAGAAUUUCGAACGCAGAGUCUUUGUAGGACCCUACGUCUUAAUGUGUGCGGUUGUUGCUUUAGUAAAUAGUCUUUCUUCAGUCUCAUUAUCAAGAUCGAGCAAGAGCAAGCUCUACAAGAUGUUACAUGAGUGGAAACAACUUAGCUUCGUUUUUCAACUGUGCAUAUGA